CUGGCUGGGAGCAGCCAGCACCAGGAAAGCAGGACCAUGUGGCUUUCCCCUGUCCUGCUCCUCCUCUGCUUCCGAGGCUGCUGGUCUCUGACAGGUCCUGGCUCUGUGACGGGCACCGAAGGGGGCUCCCUGCGCGUGCAGUGUCGGUAUGAUGAGGGGUACAGGGGCUACAACAAAUACUGGUGCAAAGGAGAGCAUGACAUAGAAUGUGAAAGUAUCGUUCAGACCCACGGGAACGAGGAAGAGGUGAGGAGUGGUCGCGUGUCCAUCAGAGACAAUGGUGCCGACGCCACCAUGGUGGUGACCAUAAGGGACCUCCGUGAAGAGGACGCCGGCCCUUACUGGUGCAAGAUCCAGACCGUGUGGAUCCUGGAUGAGUUGUCACGUGACCCUGCCGUGGCUGUAACCCUGUAUGUUUCCCCAGCCACUACGACGCCCAUGGUGAUCACCACGUCCGCCACCCCGCUGGUAACUGCCACCUCCACCACCCCGCUGGUAACUGCCACGCCCACCACCCCGCUGGUAACUGCCACCUCCACCACCCCGCUGGUAACUGCCACCUCCACCACCCCGCUGGUAACUGCCACCUCCACCACCCCGCUGGUAACUGCCAUUCAGAACCUCAGCACCAAUAGGGUGUCUGCUGUCUACUCAUGGUCUCUGUUCAGCAGCGUUUAUGUCCAGAUCCUGAUUACCCUGAAGCUGCUCCUGCUCCUGGGUGUGCUCUGUGCCGUCGUCUGGGUGAACAGGGCUCAGAGAAUUCCCAGGCAAGAGAGAGUCGCUUACCUGGGACUCCAGAAGGCAGUCUUCGAUGAACUCUCCAUACAGCUGGGCAGCUCAUCAGACUACAGGGCCAAGACUUGGACUCUGGACAAAAUGCAGCCGUGAUGGAUUCUGGGAGAAGUUAUGGUUUCUGAACCUCCAGGGAGGAUAGAGAGGACACUCCCUUGGUUUCCUCAGCCUGGCAG